UACUUUGUUUCCUUCCUCUCUUCUAGUUAACUAGGUCCCUUUAGGGCUCCGGAUAGCUGUGGUGAUUUGUCCCCUCUAAUGCAGCAGCAUGUAGCAGCUGCUGCCACCAAUGGCUCUGCUACUUGUAGUUUCGGCUGGCCAGCAGACUGUAAAUCCCCCAAAGGCUGUGGUGUCCCUAGACCCUCCAUGGUACAGGCUGCUGGAGAAGGACAAUGUGAGUCUGAAGUGCCUCCCUGAGGGUUAUUCCACACAGUGGUGGCACAAUGGGAGCCUCAUCUCAAGCCAGUCCUCCAGCUACUUCAUCAAAUCUGCUAGAGUUAAUGACAGUGGAGAGUACCAAUGCCAGACAUCCUCCACCUUGCACAGUGACCCAGUGCAGCUGGAAGUCCACAUUGGCUGGGUGUUGCUCCAGGCCGUUUGGCAGGUGUUCCUGAAGGGAGAGAUGAUUGAGCUGAGGUGCCAUGCCUGGAAAAGCAGGCCUCUGCAUAAGGUCUCAUAUUUCCAAGAUGACAGAAGAAAGAAGUUUUCGCAUCACAAUACCAUCUUCCACAUUCCAAAAGCAACAGGCCAGCACAAUGGCUCCUACUUCUGCAGGGGGCUUAUUGGGAAUAGAAAUGAGUCUUCAGGGUCUUUAAACAUCUAUAUUCAAGGUGAGAGAUGUGCAGCCCUAGAGAGCCCAGGCCCCUUGUGUGUGGAACCUUGCACUCACACAGGAGAGUGACUGGGGAAGAGAUUUUGAACUGUCCUAAGAACUUCUUUACAUGAGGUUCCUUCCUGGUGACCAGCAGAGACCCUGAUUGCU